CUUCUGUUCCACAAUAUUGACUAAAUAAAAUCAUUAAUUGAUCAUUUGCUACGGAUUUAUUAACUUUACAUCUCUAUUACCUCCACGAUCGAAUAUUUGGAAUUUUGAUGUUAGUUUUAAACAGUUAUACGAACCGACAUGUGUGAUUUUUAAAGAUGCCAUAAUGGCCAUCGUCGAGGACGUAGAAAAAAACGUUAAAAACAAAAAUCGUAAAAAAGAUAAAGUUAUUGAAGUGCCGGUGACAGAAUCAGAUGAUUUGUUAAGGGAAGAAAGACGCAGUACCGGAAGGGCUUUAGCUACUGGAAUAAUUAUAUUUUUGGUAGGUUUAGGUGUAUACCACGCCGUGGUUUAUGGUUCUUCAAGAUUAUCUGCCCUCGUUGGCGGAUUUAUUAUAAUGUUUUUAUACGUAGUAUCGUUACUUUACGCCUCUCAUAGAAAAAAGAAACUUUUAAGGUCUAAUGAGGCGGCUCUAGAACAAGAAUUGAAGGAGGUUAUUGUGAAAGCCUCAUCAAAAUCUGAACAACACUUAUCAGAAGAAGGGAAUCGAGAAAUGACUCCAACAAACGAUCGACCAAUAUUCAUUAGAACGUAUUCAGUUGCAUAAAAAUAUCAGAUUUAUAUUUGAUAUCUAAUAUCAAUUUUUUUUUUCGUUCAAUUGAAUGUAAAAUUCAUAUUUUUUUUAUAGAACAUGAUAUAUGAUGAUUUUUUCUUCUUAUACUAUUGUUAGAAAUGUAAAUAAUCCAUUUUUACAUAAUAUAAAAGUUUCUUUUUUAAUUUGUAAAUUUGAAAAUAUCUUUAUAUUGUUUAUAUAAAUUUAUUUGUUGUUGUAUUAGAUUGUUAUUUAAUAAAAAUAGUUUUUAUUUUAAAUAAAACCGCCGGAUAUU